CAAAACGGCCAUUGCACACACAUCUCUUCUGGCUUCCCUCUCUCUAUAAAUAUUUUGCUCUGAAGCCUAAAUCUCUCUUAACAUUUCCCAUCUUCCGAUUUCUCUCUUUUCAGUAAAAAUUCCUCCUUUUUCUUAUUCGCCGUAUCAAUUUCUUCAAUCUCCCUCUCUUCUUUCUCUGUGCGAUUCCACGCCUCUACUUAUACCUAUACAUAUAGAGGGACGGAGUCACCUCUCUCUCUCCCUCUCUCUCUCUUGUUCUCGCUUUGGAAGACUGUGCGCGAUGCUAAAACCCGACUGCUUCAUGUAGUUGUAGACAGAAUCUUUGGAGAAAUCUUUAAAGAAUCUGCCUUUUUGUUCAUUUCUUUCUGGGUCUGUUAAUGUCAGGGACUGGUGCUUUCAGCGAAAUAGAAACUGGGAGAUUGAGGGGAGGUUUGGGGAUCGCGUGCAAUUUAGGGUUUUUAUGCGGUGGAUUUGGGGAUUUAGGUAUGGUGGUGCCUGAGGCCGAGGGAAGUGAGAGAGAAGUAACCGAUACGCCGUCGUAUCAAGAGCAACAGCAGCAGCAUCAGCAACAAAAACUCGUUGUUGGGUAUGCUCUGACCUCCAAGAAGAAGAAGAGUUUCUUGCAACCCAAGCUUGAAAUUCUCGCUAGGAAAAAGGGCAUUUUCUUUGUGGCAAUCGAUCAGAACAGGCCACUCUCUGAACAAGGUCCAUUUGAUAUAGUUUUGCAUAAGUUGUUGGGAAAGGAGUGGCAAGAGGCAAUUGAGGAUUACCAGGAAAAACAUCCAGAAGUGACCAUCCUUGAUCCUCCAGGCGCAAUACAGUGCAUAUAUAAUCGACAAUCGAUGCUUCAGGGUGUUGCUGAUCUGAAUCUGUCGGACUGCGGCGGCAAAAUUCGUGUUCCAAAGCAAAUGGUUGUUCUGAAAGAUGCAACAUCUAGUGCUGAUAGAGUAGCCGAAGCCGGGCUAAAAUUUCCACUAGUUGCAAAACCACUUUUGGUUGAUGGAACUGCAAAGUCACACGAGUUGUUCUUAGCAUAUGACCGGUUCUCGCUUUUGGAUCUUGAACCCCCACUUGUCCUUCAAGAGUUCGUGAAUCAUGGUGGAGUUCUCUUCAAGGUUUUUGUGGUCGGUGAGAUUAUAAAGGUCGUGAGGCGGUGUUCUCUACCCAACGUUAGUAAUUGUGAAAAAUCCAAAGUUGCCGGUGUGUUUCAAUUCCCGAGGGUUUCAUCUGCUUCGGCUUCUCCAGAUGAUGCCGAAUUGGACCCUCGUGUUGCUGAGUUACCUCCUAGGUCUAUGCUCGAGAGGCUUGUCAAAGAAUUAAGAACCCGACUGGGACUCCGAUUGUUCAACGUAGAUAUGAUCAGAGAACAUGGGAGCAGAGACGUGUUUUACGUCAUCGACAUCAACUACUUUCCUGGAUACGGGAAGAUGCCAGAGUACGAGCAGGCAUUCACGGAUUUCUUCCUGAGCCUGGGGCAAGCGAAACUUAAGAAGAGACACUGUAAAUGAGAGCGAUGUAAAUGUCGGAGGAUUCAUCACCAUAGUUGGUAACUCUUACCUGCAAGCUCAAUGGGAAAAAUAAUGUUUCCGUUCUCUCGAUUUAUAGUGAUUUUCAGUGUACAGAGAAAGCUUGAUACCAAAUGCAACCCAGGCUCUUGUUCAAGCAAGUUUUUUUUUUUAUUA